AUGUGGGCAUCUGGUGCUAGACGUGAUAAGAUACUUGCUCUGACAACAGACCAUCAACCCAGCAGCAAAAACAAGGCUGCUACUAUAAUGCAACUGCCGCUAAGACCUAAAACCUAUAGUGCAUGCCAGCCCUACCAACCUGCCAGCUAUAAUCACAAACCUAAAUUAACUAAUAUUAAUGACUUAUGGAGCCGAGAAUUGGAUUUAAAGACUUUCAGCGUUGUUUUUGAUUACUCUAAAGAAUAUGAAAAUUCAUUAAAUCAAUAUUUACAAACUUAUAACCUGUCAGAAUUGAAGUUAUCGUUUAAUUUUUACGGUAGUAAUGAGACAGCUUGUGCUGAUUUUUUGCUAUGUCAAGAAGUAAUAGAGCUGUCCCCAUUUUCAAAAAACAAAAAUAUUCAUGAAGAAGAUAUUGAUAUUUUCCAUGAAUCCGACGAUGAUAAGGACAAAACAUAUAUUCCCGAGACUUCAGAUGCAGAUUCAGGCGAAGACGAAAUAUUCACCAAAAAAUCUAGGGAACGUAAACACCAUUCACCAUUAAUAUUACAUGACAUAACAAUGGAUAACUCAGCAAUUGAUGACAGAAUGACUUUGGGUACCAGUAUGAAUACAAUGUCGCAAAUAAUUAAAGAAAGCAAUUUUAUAAUGAAUGAUACUUCAACUUCAAUUAGUGUAAUGGACUCUAAUAUUUUAACACAAUUUAAUAUUCAAACAGAAAAUAGCACCGCACACUCGCAAGAUUUAAUAAAUGCUACUAUCACACCUCAUGAAUUAACAAAUACAGAAGAAAACAAAGGACUUACAAAAGAUGGUAGGCCUCGCAAAAGGCAAAAAUUCAAUGAAUCUGUAAAGGAAAGACAAGAAAAAAAGAAAAAGGUCAGAGAUGAGCAAAAUGAUUUGAAAGAUCCAUGCACUGAAAAAUGUAUGAAGAAAUGUGUAACUAAAUUCACACCUCAGGUACGCCAAGAUAUACACGACAGAUAUAUCGCUCUUGAUUACGAAUCACAAGGACUAUUUAUUAAUGUUGUCUCGAUGUUAAGCCUGUAA